UCAAUGUUGGUCUGUGGCCCCCGGGGGCCAUCUUCAACAGACAUGUGCAAUGCAAAAGGGGAUUGAUAUUACAUGUCAUUUCUUUGUUGGUUGCUUCGCCGCGUUGGAAUUUGGCAUCUAAGGUAGAAAGACAUGUCAGAUCCGGCGUGCCGCCUUUUUUCUAGGCAACUAACAAGAAUUGAGAGAGUUAUUUGAAGGAUACGAUUUCCCUCUUGACAUCUCGAAACAUCGAUCUAUCAUAAUACAAUCCAAUCACACCUUCGUCAUCUCUACGCCAAGAUAUGAUGGCUGGCUCAACUGCAGCCCUGCCCGACCUAGAUCCUGUCGCGCUCGUCGAUUUUCACGAGACUCUCAAGAAGUCAAAGCGCAUCGUUGCCGUCAUCGGCGCAGGCCUUUCGGUAUCUUCAGGCCUAGCCACCUUUAGAGGGGCCAACGGACUGUGGAGGAAUCAGGACAUAACGCAGGUCGCCUCGCCCGCAGGCUUCCGUCACGACCCGGGACUCGUCUGGCAAUUCUACACGUAUCGCCGGCACGACGCCCUUCGUGCCAAGCCGAAUCCUGCUCACUAUGCCCUGGCCGAGCUCGCGCGGAAAGUACCUGGUUUCGUCGCGCUGACGCAGAAUGUCGAUAACCUGAGCUCUCGGGCUGGUCAUCCACCCAGCCAGCUGAAGGAGCUCCACGGCAACCUUUUCGCGUUGUCUUGCGUCGAUAUCAUCGGGUGCGGGUACACCGAGCACGACAACUUUGAGGAAUCUUUAUCACCGGCACUCGAUCCCUCAAAAAACGAGGAGAAGACCAUCGGCAGCAUCGACCCGGACAACAAGCCUCGUGCUAGCCCAGUUCUGUUGGCCGGUAUCGCACGAAAACACGCGCAGAUUCUCGGGGACAAGUAUGAGGGAAACAAACCGACCACGCGGGAUCUGACCGCUCUGAAAGGCCCGGACGAACCGGCGCCCUCGAAUCCCAUUGCCGGUGUUCGGCUGUCAUCGGGAUUGGAGGAAAAGGACCUGCCGCAAUGCCCCAGGUGCAAGAAGAGCAUACUCCGCCCUGCCGUCGUCUGGUUUGGCGAGCCACUGCCGGUUGAGGUUGUGGAGGAGGCUCAGGCGCUUUUCGAUGAUCCCGAGCCCAUCGACCUCUUUCUAACGAUUGGGACUACUAGCAAGGUCUGGCCGGCUGCUGGGUAUGCCGAGAUGGCUCGCAAAAAGGGUGCGAGAGUUGCGGUUAUCAACACGCGAGCUGAGGACGCUAGACAUAUUCGGCCGGUAAAGGACUGGGUAUUUGUAGGGGAUGCGGCAGUUGUUCUGCCAGAGUUGCUGAAGCCGAUUAUUGGUGAAUCAUACGAUCGGGUCGAGAAGAAGUAGUAAAAUGGGCACAUCGUCGCAGAUCAUCGCGGGCCUGGGAAAGAACUAGACUGAUACAACAAUUUACUCCUUGCCUUUACUUCCCGGUGAGACUUCUCGAUGAAAAGCAUUGGAUCUAGUAGACAUGUAGCGAUUGGCACUGUCCCCAUACUAGCAUCAGACAUCGGUAGCGUCAUGUCUGUG